GUGAACAUGUCGGUGUAUUGGGGGAGCGCCGGGAUGCAGCCGAUGAUGGUCCAGAAGGGAAGUAUAGGCACUCAGAUCAGACGUUAUCGUUAAGAAAUAUCACGUGGCGUUCUGUUUCUCCUGAAUCAUCAGUGACAAAGAUGUUUCAAUCUGUGUUGCACUUCACAAGCGCGCACUGGAUCUAGCUGAUGCCACCGCAGAGAGGAUCUGAUUUGAUUUCUUUUUUACUUCCUCCCUUCAACAUCUGUGUAUUAUGGUAGAAGCUGGAGUAUCAAACACAAACAGUGCAACCCUGAUGAAAACACCGUCAGGAUAUCCAAAAACUGACAACAAUGGAAUCGCCUUACACGUAGUUUUUCAUGAUCACUCACACCGUUAUUAUUAGAGCUACUCAAAUGUAAUUGACGCUCACCUAUAUGUGCGUAGCCUACUAUUAAAGUGUUCUAAUCAGAUCAGAGGAAAAAAGUAGCCUGCAUACAGGAAAAGGACCACUUCUCACAAAUUAUGGACGAGGAGAACAUGACUAAAAGCGACGAGCAUCAUUUGAGUUUGCAAAAAGCCUUGCAGCAGUGCGAACUGGUGCAAAACAUGAUUGACAUCAGCAUCUCCAGUUUGGAAGGUUUGAGGACCAAAUGUGCCACAUCCAACGACUUGACACAAAAAGAAAUCCGAACGCUGGAGGGUAAACUGGUGAAGUAUUUUAGUCGGCAGCUUUCUUACAAGUGUAAAGUGUCCUUACAGGAGCGGAAUGUUGAGCUGGAUGGAUUCCCGCGGCUGGGACACUGGUUCCGCAUUGUUAACAUGAGGAAAGAAGUUAUUGAGGAAAUCACUCCAGGUGAGCUAACCCUUGAGGCUCUGUUGGACAUGUCUGAUGAGCAGGUGUGCGAGUCGCUGCAGAAGUUUGGAGCGAGUGAUGAAGAGUGUGCUCGUCUUAAUGCCUCACUCACAUGUCUACGAUCAGCCCACAAAUCAGACCAACUUGAGGACGACAAAUUACACAAUAAUGGAGGAUCCAGUGGUAACCUGUCCAAGCAGGACUGGUCCAUUCAGUGGCCCACUUCUGAGUCGGGUAAAGAGAACACCCCAGUGGGGCCAGCAGACCACAGUCAAUGGGUCCGCCUCCAGCUCUCCCAGAGCCCCAAAUUGCACUCCCGCUACAGCCAGCACUUGUGCCAGAGCCCACAGGCACUGGCACCCCCUUUCUACUCCCCUCACCCACAGUCCCAGGCAGAUCGCCUAAACGUGGACCCUCACUCCGGCCUCUUUCCUUCCCCUCUGGAUAUAGGACAUCACUCUCUCCCUCCAUCCCCAAGACAAAGACACUUCGCCAGCACCCCUCCGCGGACUCCCUUAGUAGUGAACACCAUGACCCCUCCAGGAACGCCGCAGGUCAGGCGCAGGAAUAAAAUUAAGGCCCCUGGAACUCCACCGCCGGCUAGCCGGAAGCUCAUCCACCUUCUGCCGGGGUUCACGGCCCUACACCGCAGCAAAUCUCAUGAGUUUCAGCUGGGAAACAGAGUAGAUGAUGCACAGACACCGAAAGCAAAAAAGAAGAACAAGCCAUUGAACCUGAAGAUUAACAGCAGUGUGGCGGGCAGCUGUGAAAACCUGCCGACCCAGCGUUCUCCUCUCCACUCCGAUCACUCUCUCCGCUCCUUCUUCUUCCCCAAUUUUGUCCCUUCGACGCCACCAGUGCACUCAGACACCCCCUCAGCAAAUACUCUGUCAGUUCCUCGCUGGUCCCCUCAGAUACCUCGCAGAGACCUCGGCAACUCCAUAAAACACAGGUUUUCCACGAAGUAUUGGAUGUCACAGACGUGCAUCGUGUGCGGAAAAGGAAUGCUUUUCGGUUUGAAAUGCAAAAACUGCAAGUUGAAGUGCCACAACAAAUGCACCAAAGAAGCACCACCAUGUCAUUUACUUAUUUACCAUAGAGGAGAUCAAGGGACAGCUCAAGCUCGUCAGCUCGUCAGGACCGAGUCGGUACCAUGUGACAUAAACAACCCUCUCAGGUACUCCGACCUCCACAUUAGCCAGACUCUCCCCAAGACUAACAAAAUCAACAAGGACCACAUCCCUGUGCCGUAUCAGCCCGACUCGAGCAGUAACCCCUCCUCCACCACCUCCUCCACCCCAUCAUCUCCUGCUCCUCCUCUGCCGCCCAGCGCGACGCCCCCGUCUCCUCUGCACCCUUCCCCACAGACCGCUAGACAGCAGAAACAGUCAAGCCUAACAGCAUCUCAUUACUACAAAUAUAAGCAGCAGUUCAUCUUCCCCGAUGUGGCCCCCGAGGUCCCCAGUAGGGCCCCUCAAGUCAUUCUACAUCCUGUUUUAUCUGAGCCUGGCACCAAAGGGAGUCCCUUGCUACAAAUUGAGGUUGAGCCGACGUCUGACAAUGAGGAAGGCAAUGAUGAAGCCGAGGGCUCUGCGGAUGAGUUCGAGGAGAUGAACCUUUCCCUCCUCUCUGCGAGGAACUUCCCACGCAAGGCCAGUCAGACCAGCAUCUUCCUGCAAGAGUGGGACAUUCCCAUGGAACAGCUGGAGAUCGGAGAACUGAUCGGGAAGGGCCGUUUUGGACAGGUCUAUCACGGACGCUGGCACGGAGAGGUGGCCAUACGGCUCAUUGACAUUGAAAGAGACAAUGAAGAGCAGCUAAAAGCAUUCAAACGAGAGGUGAUGGCGUACAGGAACACACGGCAUGAGAAUGUGGUCCUGUUUAUGGGCGCGUGCAUGAGACCUCCUCACUUGGCCAUCAUCACCAGUUUGUGUAAGGGCAGGACCCUAUACUCAGUGGUGCGAGAUGCAAAAGUCAUCCUUGAUGUGAAUAAGACCAGACAAAUAGCACAAGAGAUGGUGAAGGGAAUGGGCUACCUACAUGCCAAGGGGAUCCUUCACAAAGAUAUGAAGUCAAAGAAUGUAUUCUAUGACAAUGGGAAAGUGGUCAUCACAGACUUUGGCCUGUUCACAAUAUCUGGUGUUCUACAAGCAGGCAGUAGGAGAAAGGAUAAGUUGCGGAUCCCAAGCGGCUGGCUGUGUCAUCUCGCUCCUGAGCUCAUCCGUCAGCUCUCCCCCGAGACGGCAGAAAACCAGCUUCCUUUCUCCAAACAGUCUGAUGUGUUUGCCUUUGGCACAAUCUGGUAUGAGCUCCAUGCACGUGAGUGGCCCUUUAAGAACCAGCCGGCUGAAGUCAUUAUCUGGCAGGUGGGGAGCGGAAUGAAGCCCAACCUCACUCAGAUCGGAAUGGGCAAGGAGAUAUCCGACAUCCUGCUAUUCUGUUGGGCAUAUGAGCAGGAAGAGCGGCCUAGCUUCUCCAAGCUGGUGGAACUACUGGAGAAACUCCCAAAACGCAACCGUCGCCUGUCUCACCCAGUACACUUCUGGAAAUCAGCUGAGCUGUGACAGCAAUGGGUUCCUGAUCUUCACCAGGCCAUUCUAUCGCCCUUUUACUCCCAUCUGGACAGCAUUCUCACAGUUACAUCGAAUAAAGCUAUGGACGGAUCAAUCAUGUGACAGGAAAUCCUAGUGCUGGCUUCCUGUUGACGUGGAGAAUGUUCAGUAUAGAAUACAGUCUAUGCAGACUAAAGCUGGUACCUUUGGUAAGAGUUAGGUUAAGGGUUUGUUCAGAAAUAAGAAGCAUGCAUCUUCUUCGAAAUCUGCAUGGAUGAAGACCAUAUCUGUCACUCUAUACCAAAAAAUAAAUAAAAUAUCUUAACCAUUCCUAGAAUAUUCAUGCUCUGUGAAAGGAGAAGUGUGUAAUAUUCUCAAUGUUAAAGAAGUAGUUCACCCAAAGAGAAAGAUAAUUCUGACCUAAUUUAUUCACCCUUCUGCCAUUCCAAACCUGUAUAGCUUUAUACAAUAGGAGAUUGGCUGCUCUUUCACCUACAAUGAAAACGAAAAGUGAUUUAGACUGUUGAGCUCUAAAAAGGACAACCCCCCCCCCCCCCCCCCAAAAAAAAACACUAUAAAAAUCUCAUAAAAGUGGUCCAUAUAACUGUGCUAUACUCCAAUGCUGUGUCCAAAUGUACGCAUGUUACACUAUGCACUUACAAUAUACACUGUGUACUACUAGCCAUGUAGUCUAUGAAUUUUAAAACUGUAAAAGUGAAACUUCAAGAACAUGCGAUGGGUUGCUACUAUCAUCUUCUACAUAUUGCAAACCGCAAGCGCUGAGUGCAUGAAGUGCCCAACAGUUUUGACGGUUGAAGAAGUGCAUCAUCCAGUUACUUGUUACAUACACUACAAAAUGAUGUAGAAUAGCGCAGAAGUGCACAGUUUAGGAUGUCCACAAAUCUUCUCUAGCACACAGUAAAUCUGUAUCUGAAACAGACCAAAAUUUAAGUCAUUACUUAGAAAAUAUCAGCCCCUAUUCACUGUAGCACUCAAUUCAAAACAUUCUAACACAUUGCAGCGCAAUUGUUCACAAGACACACAAAAACCAUUGAUGUCAAAUCUGGCACGACGCACCAUGUUUGAAUUUGCACACUGUUUUAAUACUGUGGCCCAUCACUUUGUUAGCUUGAAUGGUUGAAAUGGCAACUUCUGGCUCAACCAAUGGCAUGAGUUUGGGGUGGGACCACCUGUUUGUUCGAACAUUGGCAGACAAAGGGGGUGUGGCAUUAGGGCAGUAGGAGUGUUUGGAAAAUUUGAAUGGACACAUUUGUUAAUUUUGCACUUGACCCUUCGCUAAACAGAAGGGGAGACAAAAGAAUAUUCAAAUAAAAUGGCUAAUAUUAACAGCUCGUCUUCAUUACAAGGGAAAAAAAGGCGACGUUAAUUUCAGAGCUAAAAGGAAAUUGUUGUCCAAAGGCUGCCCAAAAUAUGAUUUAAAAGACCUUUUCACUCAGAAAGCAAAGUUCCUGAUGCUGUAAGUGGUGGCUAAUUUCUGAUUUCAGUAGAUAAAGAGGCGAACGUAAUGACAUUUACAACAAAUUUACGGGGAAUCUCAAGGCAGGACGCAUAGAAUUCAUGUUCAAGUGACGGUUGGAAUACAUAAAAAAAUAGGUGUUAAGGAGAACUAUAGGUCAUAGCAGUUGCUUAGCAUUAUUUCUGGUUAGUGGGUAUGAUUUGGUGAACUGCAUUGACUGCUGUGAAGAAUUAGAUAGUUUUAUGGUGCGUUUUGAAUUUUGACUCCCUGCAAAACUGUAUUGCAAAAGGAUUGAUCUGGGCCCCAAUAGCAAAAUCUUGAUCUUAGUUUUUAAGAGCUUUUUCUACGUGCGAUUUUACAAACAUUCGUUAUUUUUUAUGUGCGUUUCCCAAAACUGCACUUAACAUGGACGUGCGAGGACACGAUUUAUGUACUACUUAAGAGAGUUGCUGUCCAUGUGUGAGGUUCUAAAAUGUGACCAUAUAGUGCUGCUCAUCAGUGUAACUUCAUUAUAUUUGUGCGUAACUUUAUAAACAUUUGUAAUAAACCUAGCUCGAAAUGUUUAUACACAUUUAACCUAAUCAAUUACACAAUUACAUAUUGUUUUGCAAUAAUUUUGUGUUGACCAAUCUAUUUAUUUUACACAAUCACUGCUUUGUUCAUCAGGUUUGGAUUUUUAAUAUUUCGUUUUCACAAAGUUUCCAGGAUCAGUGAAGACAGCGGAGGUCCUGUAUGUGGCCCCGCCAAUGACAAGCAAUAAUUGAAUAUAACGAGGAUCACCGUUAUUGCAAAGCGCAAAAUUAGGAGACACAUGGAAGUUGCACUUUAGGGACAUUCACCAAUCAAAGGGAGAACUGCUCUUUACUCCCAAACAUGAUAACGGUAACAGCAAUGCUACACAACAUGUGCUGUACUACACAACGCGUGCUGCGGGCGAGAGUGCCUUUGGGUGUCAGAGAUGAAGAGGAAACUAUGAUGAUGAGCCAGUAUAGCCAACAGAUGAAUUUCAUUCACUGCAGCAAGUUACUGACAUUUUUCCUUCUCUCUCUGACGUAUGUAUAACGAUAUCAAAUGAUCAUAAAGUUUAGCUAUCACAGAGUCUGCUUUAAAUAAAUAAUUAAGGGGUGUGGAGUAUCAGAUACUGUAUGCAUUUGUAUGCACUUUGUUCGCCCAGUGAAAAGCAUUGUGUGUUGUCAUUUGCCGGGGGUGGAGGGAGGCCUGUUAUCAUUCCCAAAAUGUGGCCCCCUAUGUAAUUCCACAUGUUUUUGUUCUGAACCCCUAAACCUAAGUAUUAGAUUUCAGGAAAAAAAAUCCAAUAGUUAAAGGAGUGACCUGAGCCAUAUCUAGAGACCAGAAUAUCAUUGAGACUUGGGAGUGACCCAAAUUGACUUGGGCCAGUAAGCAACUACCUAGCAACCACCCAUAACACCCUAGCAACCACAUUGCAAUGCACUAAUGUAACCGGUCCUGCUCGACCUGCUCUAAGCGGGAUUCGAACCGGUAUCAGCAGGCAUGGGAGGCGGGUGUGCUAACGAGGAGUCUAAAGGCUACAGCCCCUAGUGUCAGUCGCUAGUGCUGCUCUUGAGGCCAGGGGAGUGAGGUUUACACACACCGCACAGCUAACACUUACCAGCUGGAUCCCAUUACACUUACCCCCCUAAACCUCACUCCCAUCCGGGUCAUGCCACCACUGUAACCGGUCUUUAAAAAUCUUAUCUUAGCAACCACAUAGCAACACCCUGAUGACCACCCACAGCACCAUAGUGUUGUGGCAAAGUUUUGCAUUGGCAAGCACCACUCACAUUUUCAGAAAAUGUAGUAAAGGUAAUGCAUUAUAUGUAAUGCUUUCAGAUCAAUAUUUAUAUACAUUUGAUAUAAAUAUUAAUAUACAUAAAAAGUUUAAGUUUCAUGACAUUUCAAACUAUUUCAGUGUAGGCCCUACAUUAGCUUUGUCAAGCAUUGCACAAGUUCUUCUUUAAGUUUUCUCACCUUUCUAACUGUGUGUGUGUUUUGUGUAUGCAUGUGUGUGUAUGUGUGUGCAUGUGUGUGUGUGUGUGUGUGUAUGCACUUCAUUAGCAUUCUAAAAGCAGGAAGACUGGCUGAUUAAGCUGUGUAUCAGUAAAUGAAAGCACAUCGUCAACAAUAACCUGAGCGUACCGCACGCAGUCGACAUGCCUCUCAGAAGCAUCUAAUUAAAAAUGCAAAGCACUUAAUUACUUAUGAUGCGACAUGUUUAUCAUCACGUUACAUAAAAGAACCGUUUUCCCUUCAACAGAUGAUUUCAUAGAUCUACAAGUCCUUAACUAACACAGAAUUGUUAAUUUUUCAAUGCGCUCUGCUUUGAGGCAUAUUUUCAUGUAAUUUUCAACGUAGGGGAAUGAUUUGCUUCUUUGAUAAUUACCAAAUAAUUCACAUUCCAGAUAAUUAGACCAAACAACUCUGUGAGCAAGAGAAUUCAUUUACAAUCUUAACCUCUCAUGAUCUGUUUGAAAGGCAUUGCACACAUUCCUUCUCUCUCAUGGCACUUGCUUUGGAUAUCAUCACACUCUGAUUAGAUUUAAGGACAUUUAAUAGAUUUCAUGGAGGGAGUAAUCUUUGUUUUUCUUUAAUCAGUUAAUUGCAGUUGCUUACUUGUCAUUUUAUCAGUUUGCUUGAGUGUAAUUAAAUUAUGUAAUGACAGAAUUUUCAUUUUUGGGUGAACUAUUCCUUUGAUUAACAGGAAAAGUGAACUUUAAAACCUGUUGUUGCUGCUGUGAGUUCAUCAUAUGUAUUGCAAAAUCCUUUGCUGUAAAAAAAAGGAUAAAAUAAAACAAACAACUUCUCAUAUGAACUAACAAUUAUUGCAGCCAGUUGCACCAUCAAUUGCAUACAAUGUACUUUAAAAACAAAAGUCAGAAAUUUGAACUUCGCUAUAUUUUAGAUAUUCCUAAUUGUGUAUAUUCCUAUGAGGUAAUAAAGUAUGGACCUCCUACACCUCAGUAUACAUCUUUACAUUAUUGAGUACUUUUAUGAUGUAUGUAAGAAUGCUUUGUACUUUGCAAUUUAAGGAUAAUUUGAUGAAUACAGCAUAUGUUAAUCAUUAAAAUUAAUGUACAUUGGCAUUUGGAAUAUCUAAAAUACAUUCAUUGCCAAACAAAAUUGCAUUAACAUUAGACUUACAGUAAAAAAAAUCUUAUUUUGCAGAUAAAAGUCUCACUCAGCUGCCUAUGUAAUGGGAGCCAGCUGGUACGUGAUAGAAGUGCAGUGUGUGUAAACCUCACAGAGGAGCACUAGCAACUGACUCUAGUGGCAGUAGCCUUUAGCCUCUUUGUAAGCACGCCCACCUCCCAUGCCAGUGACGCCGGUUCGAAUCCCGCUUUAGAGCGGGUUGAGCAAGACUGGUUACACCUACAUCCUGUUUUUGUUUUUGUCUGUAUCAGUAAAUACAUAAGAACUACUUAUUUUUUCUGUUUUCCUAUUUGAGUUUGUUGAAUUAAUUAAUGAUCCGAAAAUCUGAUCAAUCUAACUGUGAUUGCCAUACAUUUUACCUCCUCAAUGAGUGUCCUUUCAAAAAAUAAAAUAAAACGGUGAACAAGAAUCACAUAUUGUGCAAAAAAUGAGGAUAAAUGGCUGUGUACAUUUUGUACAGUGAUAUUUCUAUAGUUUUUCUACUCUUCUACUGUAAACAGACAGUAUUUAUAUCAGCAGAUGUCAAUGAAUGUCAGCUCCAGAGCACUGCAAGCCUAGUUACCGAAUAUAUGUUUUUGUUGUGCCGCUUUUGGUCAGGUUCUACUUUUGCCCUG